UUUUUCUUUUCCUUUUCCUUUUCCUCUCUCUCUCUCUCUCUCAUCUCAAAAUCCCCAAUCCAAAUCGCUCAUUUCAACAGACCCAUUGAUAGAAAUCGCAAACCACCGACCCUAACUUGUCUGAAAAAUCGAUUUUUUAACGGUUAGACGCUCCUUUCCCUCUCUCUCUCUCUCUCUCUCUCUCCGUUUUUUGUUUUUUGUUUUUGUUUUUUUCUUUUCUCGUUUAUUUUUUUGUGAUUUCUCUAUAACUUUCGAUACUGUUGAUCUUAAUCCCAAAUGGGAUUUUUUCAUUUCUUAAUUUGAGCCUGAUUUGGUGAUAUCGGAGACGGUUCCGUUCUGAUUCUAGGGUUUUCGACCGCUCGUCUUUUAUUAGGUUUCUGGGUUUCAUUGCUAUCGUGUCGGGAAUACCCAAAAUCUGAUUUUGUUGUAGUUUUAUUGUCAUUUGCAACGGACAUCGAAGGAGAGGAUUCGUUUCGGUCACUGGUAUUGGAAAUUCGGGUUUUCAGUGGAAAAGCUGGUUUGUGGAUGGAAGGAGGGAUUGGGUUUGUUUCAGACGGUCUUUGACGAGUGCCCAUUCGAGGGCAUUCGACAGGUUUUGAUUUUUUUUCGGAGAUUGUAGAGAAGGCCUUUUUACUCACAGCAUUGGUUGCGUUGGUACGGUUUCUAGAAGGAGAUUGUUGGAGAAGUGCUUUCGCGGAAGAGGGAGAGGCAUUUGAGACAGUACGGGUUAGGUACGGGUUAGUCUUGCAUGGGCGAUCAUGAAGGCUGGGCGCAGCCAAGCGGCCUACUGCCCAAUGGCCUCUUGCCCUACGAAGCGGCCAGCGUGACCCAGGCCCUCGAUGUGGAGAGAUGGUCAAAAGCCGAGGAGAGGACAGCGGAGCUGAUCGCCUGUAUCCAGCCCAACCAACCAUCCGAGGAGCGCAGGAAUGCUGUCGCAGACUAUGUGCAGCGGCUCAUCACGAAGUGCUUCUCCUGUCAGGUUUUCACCUUUGGGUCAGUACCUCUCAAGACGUAUCUACCUGAUGGGGACAUUGACUUAACAGCUUUCAGUAAUGAUCAAAAUAUGAAGGAUACAUGGGCACAGGAGGUCCGUGAUGUUCUUGAGAAGGAAGAGAAGAGCGAGAAUGCUGAAUUCCGUGUAAAAGAAGUUCAGUACAUUCAGGCCGAAGUGAAAAUCAUAAAGUGCCUUGUUGAAAACAUUGUGGUAGACAUAUCCUUUAACCAGCUCGGUGGGUUGUGUACCCUUUGUUUCCUCGAGGAGGUUGACCAUUUGAUAAAUCAAAAUCAUUUAUUCAAGCGCAGCAUCAUACUGAUUAAGGCCUGGUGUUACUACGAGAGCCGUAUCUUGGGUGCCCAUCACGGACUCAUUUCUACUUACGCUCUGGAGACAUUGGUUCUGUACAUAUUUCAUGUUUUUAACAAUUCCUUUGCCGGGCCACUUGAGGUCCUUUAUCGUUUUCUGGAGUUCUUCAGUAACUUCGACUGGGACAACUUCUGCAUUAGCCUUUGGGGUCCAGUUCCUAUCAGUUCACUUCCGGAUAUGACAGCUGAACCUCCUCGAAGGGAUAGUGGAGAGCUAUUGCUCAGCAAACUCUUUCUUGAUGCUUGUAGCUCAGUAUAUGCAGUCUUCCCUGGUGGCCAAGAAAAUCAGGGCCAGCCUUUUGUGUCUAAGCAUUUCAAUGUUAUCGAUCCUUUACGAACAAACAACAACCUUGGACGCAGUGUCAGUAAAGGUAAUUUCUUUAGGAUACGCAGCGCCUUUGCAUUUGGGGCAAAAAGGUUGGCCAGGUUACUUGAGUGUCCAAAAGAGAACCUAAUUGCUGAAGUCAAUCAGUUCUUCAUGAACACUUGGGACAGGCAUGGUAGUGGUCAUCGUCCUGAUGCUCCUAGCCCGGACCUCUGGCCUCCACAACCUUUGAAUCCAGAUCCCGUCGACAUGUCUGCAAAGUUCAGGAACCAAACAGAUACCAAAAAAAGGGGUGAAAAUGUCAGAUUACAAGGUGGUCAUGCUGAGGGAGCUCAUGUGUUCCAUGGGAUAUCCCACCAACUUGCUAAUACCACAAGCUAUCCUCCUGAAAACAUGUCUAGGACCAGUAACACGUCUGCAAUUUCUCGUGCUCAGAGCCACAAGCAUUACAACAACCAAACUGUGCAUGCUGAGAUGGGUCGGAAAAGUUCCCAGCCAGACCAUUCAGUCCAUGAAUGCGGAUUGCAGGGCAGGUACCACUUUGCAAGGACACACUCUAGUCCUGAGCUCACCGACACAUUUGGCGAGGUUUCAUCUCAAGGAAGGCAUAACAGGGUGCCCGAAACAGGAAAGAGUGAGCUCGCUUCUGCAAGACAAGAUCAUGUUGGCAGAAGGAAGAACUUGGGGUCUGAAGUUUCGGCCAGUCACAGUUCAAGAUCUUCGACUGAGGACCCAUCAUCUGUGAGGCACAGUUCGUCCCAUCAGAGCCUUGAUGCUGGUGCUGAUUCAAACAGUGUUUCGAAUAGUUAUCAUGAUGAUGCUGGCUUGUUGGGAUCCAUUGGGGAAGAACUCGCUUCCGUUUCCGAGACAAUGGAUAUGCAACAGGAAGAACAAGAUCUGGUCAAUAUGAUGGCAUCAUCUCGAGUUGCUUGUUUCAAUGGACCGGUUCAGUUGCCGUUGAAUUUGGGUUCUUCUCAUCUUCCUCUUCCGCUCUCACCGACAGUUCUAGCUUCAAUGGGUUAUGCUCAAAGAAGCAUGGCGGGCAUGGUUCCCCCGAAUAUUCCCUUGGUCGAACCUCCUUGGGGCUCAAACAUGCAAUUUCCCCAUGGCAUUGUUCCCACUUCAUUACCUCAUUAUUUCCCCAGCGUUGGAUUGACGUCAGGCCCCGAUGAAAUGGUUGAAUCUGGUAAUGAGAGCUCGGGUUUGACAGAAAUAAACCAGGACGACAGUGAUGGUUUUUGGCACGAACGGAAUGGUGAGCCUGGCAGAGGGUUUGAUCCUGAUGGCGGAAGUUUUCAGACGUCACAGUUGGAUGACCAGAACCAGUCGGCUCCAGGAGAAUCCAACUUCAUACCUUCUCGGAUUGGUAAUUCUGAUGGUUCUUUUCCCAGAGGCCGUCCGCAGAAGUUUGCCAAAGAAAACAGAGGGAUACCAAGGGAGGGCUCGAGUGAUGCUUGUCAAAACAGCAAGGGAAAUGAUGUUUACUCCACAGACAGGAAUUUGGAUUUGAGGUUUUUGCCAGUAGCCCCAUCUAGUUCUAGUUCUUCCAGAAGUAAACCAGCUUCUGAAAGUUCUUGGGAUGGAGCAUUGUCCACGAAGGUCUCCAAGUCGUCAAGGGACAAACGGGGAAGAAAAUCUGCGCCCUUUGCAGUUCCUCCUGCUCAUGCAAAAGCUAAGGGUGGGUGGCAGCACGAGGGGGCAUCAUCCGAUCAUGCUUCUUCUCAGGCAGAUGAUGACAACAGAGACUGGACCCCUCUUUCAAUCAAGGGAACUGAGAUGGUGGAACGAAGCACAGUACCCACAUCUAUGGCGCAUGUUCGAAGCCACCCAUUACCUGGCUAUGAGCAAGCAGAAAUAGGUGGAUCAGAUUCAGUGAUACCCAUCACCCCAAUGCUUGUUGGUCCUGGUUCACGACAGAGGGUGAUGGAUAACUCUGGGGUGGUACCAUUUGCUUUUUAUCCCACGGGACCACCUGUUCCAUUCUUAACAAUGCUUCCUGUGUAUAAUUUUCCACCUGAGAUGGGAAACUCUGAUGGAUCAACCAGCCACUGUGAUAGGGAUGAUGGGCUGGAUAACAGCCUCAUAAACCAAUCCGAUCAGAACUUUGAUUCAGCAGAAAGCAUUAACCAGCUGGAGAUUUUCACGAGUCCUCGUUCUAUCAGAGGCGGUGCUUCUGUGGAGCCCAGUGAGGAGCACAAGUCCGAUAUUCUUAACAGCGACUUUGCGAGCCAUUGGCAAAAUCUGCAGUACGGGCGGUUCUGCCAAAACUCACGGAACCAUGUGCCCGUGAUGUAUCCUUCACCUGUUAUGGUGCCGCAGCUGUAUCUACAAGGUCAUUUCCCAUGGGACGGUCCUGGCAGACCUCUUCCAGCUAAUGUGAACCUCAUCACUCAACUAAUGAGCUACAGCCCACGUCUUGUUCCCGUCACACCUCUGCAGCAUGGUUCUAAUCAGCCAGCUGGCGUCUAUCAGCGUUAUGGAGAUGAGGUCCCUAGAUACCGUGGUGGUACGGGAACCUAUUUGCCAAAUCCUAAGGUUUCUUUCAGAGACCGACAGUCUUCAAGUACCAGAAACCACAGAGGGAGUUACAACUACGACCGGCAUGACCAUGGUGAGAGAGAAUGGAACUGGAACAUGAACCCGAAAUCACGAGCUUUAGGCCGUGGCCACAGUCGCAGCCAAGCUGAGAAGCCAAGCUCAAGGCCUGACCGACUGGCUGCCACCGAAAGCCGGGUUGACAGGCAGUGGGACUCUUUCAGGCACGAGCCAUUUGCCACGUACCAGGCACAACCUCAGAAUGGUCCAUUCAGCUCGGCCAACUCCAUGCAAAGCUCAGCCAGCAUGGCGUACAGCAUGUAUCCAUUUCCAGCUGUGAAUACAAAUGGCAUCUCUCCAAAUGGACAUACCAUUCCUUCUGUUGUCAUGCUGUAUUCAUAUGAUAACAAUAUUGGUUAUGCUUCACCAACUGAGCAGCUCGAGUUUGGGUCUCUUGGACCUGUGCAUUCGGGUGUGAAUGAAGCAUCGCAGCUCGGUGACAGCAGGCCAGCAAGGAGUGUGUAUGAGCAGAGACGCAGCACCUACCGGGGAGGUUCUCCUGCACGCUCAUCGCCAGAUCAGCCCUCUUCGCCACAACUCCGAAGGGGGAUUUGAUUAUUUUGCCAGAUCGGUGACAACCCAGUAGAAUUGUCAGUUGCAAGACGAGGAUUUCCUGCCUUUGUUAUUUGCCAGACCAGAGAGUCAAUUGCAGCGGCAACAACACUAAACAUCCCUAUCACCAAGCCUUUCCAUUCAACCCUCAUUCUUAAACCGAUCCGGGUCUUUUUUUUCUUCAGUGCUCUCUGUAUAUUUUCUCAUGUAGUAGUGUAGUGGUUGUAUGUACACUACAAAGUUUUUAACUUACCCAUUUUACAAGGGUACAGCAGAUGGGGGAGAAGAUGGUCUCAUUAUCUAGCCUUUGGGGGGAGAUUUUUUCUGUCAUUAACUUCAUUGGUCAAGAUAGUUUCUCUCAUAUUCAGCAUUUCCAACUUUGUUACGAAAUCAUUCUGUUAGGGCUCAUUUUCACUGUACUAGGGCUUUGAUUCAUCAGUUCAGUAGGGCUUUCAGUUCCUUUUCUCAUCAGUUCUUUGUUGACUGUUUGUAAUGUAGCAUAUUAUUGUCAAAGAUACACUUAGAUAAGAAAAAAUCCAGUUGUUCCACAGUGGCAUUGUAUUAUUAACCCUCCCACAAGAUUUUUGUAUUACGUUUCGAUUCUAUGAUGAUGAAAUAGAACACUGCCGCAAUGAAAGUUUUUCCCA